AUGAUCGUAACCGCAUUCCUGGGUUUUUUAAAUAUAGCCCAAAAUGAUUUUAAUUUACUACAACAACCACAACCACAACAAAAACAAAAACAACCUACAACUAUAGGUAAAAGACAUUAUUCUACUUCUUAUAAUGCUUUUUCUUUUGUUAGCAAAAGAAAUCAGCAAUCCGCAUUAUCAGGUAAAAGAUAUUAUUCUACCCAUAGAGACUGUACUAUGACUUCUAAAAUAGUAAAAGACUUUAUUUUAGAAAAAAACAUUAACCCUGUGUAUAUUUACGAAGAUUUAAAAAGUAUUUCUACACAUAAAAAAAUAUUAGAAGAUACUAGGGGUCUUAGUGGUAUUUAUUUAAUUUUAAAUAAAGUUACUAUGGAUUAUUAUAUAGGAUCAGCUUCUACUAACAGAAUAAAUAAAAGAUUUGCUAAUCAUUUGAUUCAUUUAACAGGUAGUAAAGUUUUAAAAAAUGCAGUAAGAAAAUAUAAAUUAUCUGAAUUUGCUUUUUUAGUUUUAGAAAUAUACCCUGAAGUAGUUACUCCAGAAAAUAAUCGUAAGUUAUUAGAUUUAGAAGAUUUUUACUUAAAAUCUUUAUUACCCAAUUAUAAUAUAUUGACUGAAGCUGGUUCUAGUUUUGGCUAUAAACAUAGUGAAUUAACCAGAAUAAAAAUGAAAACUGAAUACAGUGAAGCUCGUAGAGAUAGAAUUGGUAACUUAAACAGAAAUAAAAAACUUUCAGCUAAAACUAUAGAAUUAAUUAGAGAUAAAGCUUUAAACCGUCCGGGCAAAGCAUAGCGGUUUAUUCUGAGGAAGCCAUAGCAAACAUGAAAAAAGCAUCUCUUCUGGGUUGUCAUACUUCUGCAUGUUUCGGACGAAGUACAGCUGAAAGAAGACACCACCCAGAAGACCUAUAAUAGUUUAUAAUUUAGAUGGUACCAUAUACGGUGAAUAUCCUAGUGUUAUAGAAACAGCUAGAAAUUUAAAUUGUUCUGUCAAGACAAUCUCUAGAUCCUUAAAAAGUACAAAUAAGUUGCUAAAAAAGCGUUGA